AUGGCAGCCGACUCCGCGAUCCCGCUCGAAAAAGAGCGCCACAUCAAAUACUGGCAACGCUGCCACAAGACCUUCCUCCCGCAUCAGUACACCAGCUCCGACAGCACCCGCCUCGCCCUGAUCUUCUUCAUCCUCGCCGCCCUCGACAUCCUCUCCCCGUCCUCCUCCGACAGACACCUCCUCACCGCAGAGGACCGCGCCGCCGCGCGCAACUUCGUGCUGGGCCUGCAGCACCCCGCCGGCGGCUUCUGCGGCUCCCCGACGCACGCCCUGCCCAAGGACGUCUGCGCCGGCUGGGACUUUGAAAAGGGCGCCCCGAAGCCGCGGCACGCGAGCUCUGCGAACAUCGCCGCGACGUACUUUGCGCUGCUGAUCUUCGCCAUCGUCGCGGAUGGGCAGGAGGGCGCGAAGAGCGCGUACGCCGGCGUCGACAGGGUCAAGACGCUGCGGUGGCUGCGGAGGCUGCAGAGAGCUGAUGGCAGCUUUGGGGAGCUCGUGCUGGAUGACGGGCGGAUCGAGGGCGGGAGGGAUAUGCGACUUUGCUAUCUUGCGGCGGCAACGCGGUGGAUGUUGAGGGGAGAUAUGAAGGAGGGGGACGUGGAUUGGGUCGAGGACAUUGACGUCGACGCGAUGGUCGGGCAUAUUCGACGCAGCCAGACGUACGACGGCGGGCUUGCCGAGAGCUCACAGCUCGAAUCGCACGCUGGAUACGCUUACUGCGCCGUGAGCGCGCUCUACCUCCUCGACCGCCCCCCGUCGCAGGGAGCCACCCCGCACCGGAGUGUGACCGUCGAGAAGGGCCUCGCUGACGUGGAGCUGCUGGUCAAGUUCCUCGUCUACCGCCAGUUUGACUACUUUGAAAAGGAGGAAGAUGAGGAGGAUGAUCCCAACUUUGUCCUGCCCGACACGCUGGGACAGCUUACGCUGGACGAGAACACUCGGUUCGUGGGCUUCAACGGACGGUGUAACAAGGUCGCGGAUACGUGUUACUGCUGGUGGGUUGGAGGAACACUGCAGAUGUUGGGCCACGUUGAUCUCAUCGACGAGGUCCCCUCGCGCCGCUUCCUCAUGAGCAAGACACAACAUCUGAUCGGUGGAUUUUCAAAGUACCCAGGAGGGCCACCUGAUAUCUACCAUGGAUACCUAGGUCUGGCCGCGCUGGCGACCAUGGGAGACUCUACACUCAAACCCUUUGAUGCGUCAUUAUGCGCAACCAAUGAGACGGUUGAGAAGAUCGUAGUUGCUAGGCAAGGCCUGGAUGAGGCUGCCAAGGCAAGAACAGCGUAG